AUGGAUGGUGAUAUGAGAGAUUAUCUCAAAACAGAGCUUCAAGCAACAGAUGAAGAGUUAGAUAAAUUGGAAAAAUUAAUCCAACUACAGCAAUCCAAAGUGAACUCAACAGAAGCAAACAUUAAUCAACCAUCAGUUAUUUUCGAUGAUUUUCUUUACCAAGGUGAUUUAGGUCAUGCUAUCGAUGAAAAACUACUGUCGGAACUCAAAAUUCAACAUAUCAUUAAUCUCUGUGAUUGUCCAUUGGAAACGGCGAUCGUUGAAAGAUUUGAUGUGACAUGGAUCGAUAAUUUUGAUGACAAUUUUCAAAGUCAAAUUCGAGAACAUCUCAAUCGAACUAAUGAUCUUCUCGAUAAAUACAACAAGAAUAAGGAGAAAGUAUUAGUUCAUUGUCAAGCUGGAAUAUCUCGGUCCUCAUCGAUAAUUUUGGCCUAUUUGAUGAAGUAUAAUCAUAAGAGCUUGGAGGAAGCUUACGAAUAUUUACUCGAACGAAGACCAAUCGUUGCACCAAACUAUGGUUUUCUUAUCCAAUUGAUUCGAUAUGAAAAGGAGCUUGAAAAUCAAAAGACAUGA